AUGCCACCGCCUACAGACGAUGCGCGACCUAUACAGCAACCUCCGAGCAGACUAUCAGGAACCCCACCAUCACCAGAAGAUCAGGAGCGACUAGAAAGAAGACUCAAUGCUAUACUGGAGGAUCAGAUGGCUAUCAAAAGAGCCGCGGAAACUUCGGUAGCCGCAUUGCAAGACCCGCCCGUCUCUGAAGUCGAGCAGCCCCCUCCAAAAGAACCAGAACAACCCAAAAAGGAUGAGCCCUUAGACAACAUAGCUCGUGUACCGGAUGAACAUCUGCCUUCGCACCAAGAGAAGCAGCGAUGGAGCCUUUCGAAACGCUUCUCCGAGGCCAUGGAUGAGCUGUUACCGAAGCUUGCUGUGGUUACGCAAAAGGUCAAUACAUACACCGGAACUGACUACUCCGGCGUGGAAGCACUUAGGAGGGAGAUCAAGGAGCAAGAGAAACUCGUCAAAGCUCGUCGUCUAGCCAUCGAUUCCGCCAAACAAGCUCUCGACACCGCCCUCGCCCACCAAGCUACUUCGCAGAAAGAAGUUGUCGCUCUACUUGAGCGCAAACACUCAUGGUCAAACGGCGAUCUCGAGCGUUACAUGGCUCUCAUUCGCUCCGAACACAUCAACGAUCAAGCCGUCCGGGAAGCCAAGGACGCCGUCGCGGACGCUGAAAAUGCUUUGGAAGACGCGCGAGCACAGCUAGAAAAGAGAGAACGUGCGCAAUACCACGAGGAGCAAAUCUGGAGUGACACUAUCCGGAGAAACAGUACAUGGGUUACGUUUGGCUUGAUGGGUGUCAAUAUCUUCCUGCUGUUGUUGAGCUUGGCGAUAUUGGAGCCAUGGCGAAGGAGAAGGAUGGUUAGGGAAAUCAAGAAAGCGCUGGAAGCACAGCAUCAGAUUGCUAUGGAUGCUGCGACAUCAUCGGCUGCUGCAGCUGCUGCAGUUGCACCUGCGUCAACCACGCAAGGUCUUACAGCAAUCGAGGAAGAGAUCGAUAGGGUUGUUGAUCGUGCAGAUGCGUCUGCAAAUAAAACGACGCCCGUGGUACCUGAGGAGGUCAUCGAAGAGUCACCGACAGCGGGAACCAAUAUCGUGUCGCCAGUCGAACCCGAAAUUAUUCCAGAAGUCAUCGCUGAACCCGCUGUAACUCCGGAAGCUGAAACUCUCACACCAGAAGAAAAGACCCUAACACCCGAGGAACGCGUCAUCAUCGCUGAAGAAGCCUCACCAUCACACACCACUCCUCCCUCCAAACUCGAAAGCUGGCAGCAAAAGGCCAGCUUCAUAGCACAUGAUAUCGUCAGCGAUCGCCUCAUUUCAAUGCGACGAAUUGAUUACACGAGCGCCAUUCUCCAAGGCGCUGCGGCGGGAGCUGUCAUCACGGCGAGUAUAAUCGCCGUAUUGAGACCGAACUGA